AUGGCCAGCAAGCAUCAUCCCCAUCUCGUGCGUCUCUUGGGUUACUGCAUCGACUUCAACCCAUCCACAAGGCAUAUGGAGCAAAUCCUCAUCUACGAGUUCAUGCCAAACUACGACCUUGAGAGCUGGAUCGGACCGGGCGCGUCCAUCCCGCUUUCGCUUCCCCAACGGUUGGACGUUCUAAUUGGGGUCGCGAAGGGGUUGCAGUAUCUACAUGACUUUGGGAUCGUGCACCGGGACAUCAAGCCCGCCAACAUUCUCCUUGGCGCGAAAAUGGAGGCCAAGAUUGCAGAUUUCGGCCUUGUGAAGCUAAGCGGCGGCACGACCAUGGGGACAUCCGUGGCUGCCACUAGAGUCAUGGGAACACCGGGCUAUGUGGACCCUGCGUAUUACAACUUUGGAGUGGUGAUGCUUGGGGUGAUCACGGCCCGCAAGGCAGUGCAUGUGACAGAGGACACGCUCUUCAACCUCAAGCAAUGGGUUGCUCCUCUCGUGGCAUCAAGCAACGUGAUGGCCUUCAAGGACCCCUAUCUAACCGCACCCGAUGCUCUGAUACUGCGUAUGGCUCGGCUCGCCCUCUCCUGCACUGCCAUGCCCACGGCAUCUCGCCCCACCAUGAGCCAAGUGCUCGUGGAACUGGUGAAAAUAAGGAGUGAGGUUGUGGAGGAGAAGGGGAGCAGGGCUGCGUCGCGCAUUGACAGGGAGAUUGACAGCUCUGCUGAGGCUGAUUUUGAUGCCCAGAUGGCUCGUUUGGAGCUUGUUGGUAGCCAGAGUGGUCCAUCCACUGACAUGCACGGCAUCUCACCCCACCAUGAGCCAAGUGCUGGUGGAGCUGGUUAG